AUGGAUAUGGAGAUCUACACACGGGAACAAUGGGCUUCUCUACCUCCAAUCAAAUUUCAGGGGGUUCUCGGCAUACUCACUCGCAUGUCCUUAUCUGGCUCUCUUUCCCUCACACGCUUAAGAAUCGAGUCGCUUCCUAUCUACAUGUUCAUGGCUUGGGAUUCAGAGAGGGCAAGUGGCACUGACGUCUCGGCUCGAUUCAUUGAAGCUUUCUCCCAUCUCGAAUCACUUUCAUUGGGUCUUUCAUGCUGCGCUCCCAAUGCGCGUUUAUCUUUCAAUCCUGAGCCUUCAUGUUUUCAUCACCGGGCUACAAACACCAUGUGUAAAGUUGUGUCUUCGAUGAAGAAUCUCAGACAUCUAGAUUUAAAUUGGCAAUUAUCGACGAUUGACGAAGAAGAAGGAUGUAUUCCCAAAACGAACUCGAAAAACUUGAGACAGAUGUGGAAUGAAGCAUUUCUCGAAGGUACCUUUCCGAAUCUCGAGAUGCUGCGACUUCCUUGGUUCUGUAUGGAAAAGAUAGAUCUUUUUACAUUUCUGUUCAGACAUAAAGGCACGUUGAAAUAUAUAGAUCUGGGAAAUUAUACUUUUGAGAAAGAUGGCACGUCGUGUUCUUUCAAGGAAUUUUUUGAGGGUCUGGAGAGGAUGCUUGAGUUGGAGAAGUUGGAGUUUAGAGACGUGUAUUCGAUUUCGGCGAGCGUGAGGAAGAAGGAAAGGAAGGGGAGAAUUUAUAAGGAGAUAGUGAAGAAGUAG